UGCUCACUUACCAUUUCUUCCCUAUUUUAACUGGUGUUCCUAAUCUGUUUUUUGUGGUGCUCUGUUUGAUAGGUUGGACUGUUUUUUCCCUUUGUGUAAAGACAGAUACAAAAAAUGAGUUAAAUAAUUCUGCUUUCUCCCUGUUUGCUUGUCACCUUCUUGCCACUUUCUCCCAGCAAUGGGCCAAUUGUUUCCUUUUUUCUUGUUUCUAACAUGUUGGAAGAAGCUUUUUUUUGUUAUUUUUUACUUUUGUCGCAAGCCUUUGUUCAUUGUGAACCUGGUAUUCUGCCUUUGUUUAUGUGCCCCUCUUUCUAGUUUUUAUACUUUUCCUUUUUGUCUUUCAAUUUAUCGGAGAGCUCUUUAUGCAGCCAUGCUAGUUUGUUUUGAGAGCUGUUAUUUUUCUUCUUCAUUAGUAUUGUGCUAGACUGGGCUUUUAUAAUCUCACUAUUAGUGGAGAUUUAUGAGAAAAAAAUUAAUUUUAACAACUGUAAAUCAACCAACAGCAUAACAAAACUGAUAGAAGUGAACGGGAUCAGAAUACUUUGAAUACUUUCUGAGUGCACUGUAUGUGUGAUUUACUCAAGGUAAAAGGAUAAUUUUGUGACUUGGUUGAUAUUUGGAUCGGCUAGCCUAUUACAUGCCAAAUGAAUCAUAAUUAAGGGGGAGAUUAAAUUAGAAUUUUGGUGUUUGUUUUUUCAUGGUAAUAUAUGGGGUAUCACUACUGCUUUCACAUAUCAUGCAGCCAUUUUUAAACAAUAAUGAAACUAACCCAUUAAUAUGAAUCUUACAGACUAAGAGGAUGUCAAGAAGAGCACUCAGGACAACAGACAAUGAGAGCCUUAAAAUGCAAAAGAAGCCAUCAAUCCAAAUCUUCCACUACCUCCAGAAAGGGUAAAAACUUUCCCCCUUCUUCAGCUGAUGAGAGACAAUGGAGAGAAUUGUAAGAACAAAGUUUUCAGCUGGAAAAAAAUAAAGAGUGUCUGGAACGCAAAGAAAGAUUACAUGAGAAGUCAAGGAGUAUAAUUUCUAAAUAAAGAACACCUGGAAGUCAGUGGAAAGAAAAAGGUGCUGUGGAUAGCCCAAACUGGCAGACAUUGAUGAAAACCUUUGUGGAAGAAAAGAGUAGCUUCAAUCAAAGAACCAACAGGUAAGAGAGGUCAGAAACAUUGUUGGCUUCCUCAAGAAUCCAAGAAUAGCAGUGUUGGAAAAUCCCCACAGACUGCCUAGUGUGGGAAAAACACAGAUUGCAGAUCACAUGUGUGUGAUAAGUCGAAUCAACCCGUGAAAAGCCAUACAGAUGUUUGGGGUCCGGCAGAAGCUUUACUCAGAACAGGUCUCUUGUGAUUCGUGGAAGGACCCAUACUGAAGAGAAACUCUACUAGGAGUUCCCAUUGUGACAAAAAAUUUAGCAUGGAAACCAAUCUGGCGAUACACCAGAGGACUCAGACUGGGGAGAAACCAUAUGAGUGUCUGGAUUGUGGGAAAAUUUUUCUGCAUAAUUCCAAACUGUUGAUACAUCAGAGGACUCACACAGGAGAGAAACCAUAUGGGUGUCCAGAUUGUGGGAAAAUGUUCAGUCAGAAUUCCUACCUGGCGAGACACCGGAGGACUCACACAGGAGAAAAACCAUAUGAGUGUCCGGAUUGUGGGAAAAGUUUCAGUCGGAAUUCUCACCUGGUAGAACACCAGAUGACUCACACAGGAGAGAAGCCACAUGAGUGUCCAGAUUGUGGGAAAUGUUUCCAGCAGAAUUCCAAGCUGGUAGUACACCAGAGGACUCACACGGGAGAGAAACCAUAUGUGUGUCCUGACUGUGGAAAAAGUUUCAAGGAGAAUUCCAAGCUUGUGAUACAUCAGAGGAGUCACACAGGAGAGAAACCCUUUGAGUGUCCAGAUUGUGGGAAAAGUUUCAGUCGGAAUUCUCACCUGGUAGAACACCAGAUGACUCACACAGGAGAGAAGCCACAUGAGUGUCCGGAUUGUGGGAAAUGUUUCCAGCAGAAUUCCAAGCUGGUAGUACACCAGAGGACUCACACGGGAGAGAAACCAUAUGUGUGUCCUGACUGUGGAAAAAGUUUCAAGGAGAAUUCCAAGCUUGUGAUACAUCAGAGGAGUCACACAGGAGAGAAACCCUUUGAGUGUCCAGAUUGUGGGAAAAGUUUCACUCAGAAUUCCUACCUGGUGAUACACCAGAGAAUUCAUACAGGAGAGAUACCAUAUGAGUGUCUGGAUUGUGGGAAACUUUUUAGUAGGAAUUCCAAACUGCUCAUGCAUCAAAGGGCUCACAAAGGAGAGAAACCCUUUGAAUGUCCUGAUUGUGGAAAAGGUUUCAAUUGCAAUUCUGAACUAGUGGUACACCAGAGGAUUCACACAGGAGAAAAACCGUAUGAGUGUCUAGAAUGUGGGAAAAGUUUCAUUCAAAAUUCCCACCUUGUGGAACACCGCAAGACUCACACAGGAGAGAAACCAUAUAAGUGUCCAGAGUGUGGGAAAGGUUUCUAUCGGAAUUCUCACGUGAUAGUACACCAGAGGUCUCAUACGGGAGAGAAACCAUAUGAGUGUCUAUUUUGUGGGAAAGGUUUCAGUCAGAAUUCCUAUCUGGUUAAACACCAGAGAAUUCACACAGGAGAAAAACCUUAUGAGUGUCCUGAAUGUGGGAAAAGGUUUAGUCGGAAUUCCGACUUGGUGAUACACUGGAGGAUUCACACAGGGGAGAAACCAUAUGAGUGUCCAGAUUGUGGGAAAGCUUUCAGUAUCAGGUCUAGCCUUAUAAAUCAUGUAAGACUGCACACAGGGGAGAAACCAUUCAAGUGUCCAGAUUGUGGGAAGUGUUUCACACAAAAUUCCUCUCUUAUCGCACACAAGAAAUUUCACACUGGGGAGAAACCAUAUGAGUGUCUGGACUGUGGGAAACGUUUUCUGCAUAAUUCCAAGCUGGUGAUACACCAGAGAACUCACACAGGAGAGAAACCAUAUGGCUGUCCAGAUUGUGGGAAAAGGUUCAGUCAGACUUCGAACCUGGUGAUACACCGGAGGACUCACACUGGAGAAAAACCAUAUGAGUGUCCCGAUUGUGGGAAAAGUUUCCAGCAGAAUUCUAAGCUUUUGAUACACCAGAGGAUUCACACGGGAGAGAAACCAUAUAAGUGUCCAGAUUGUGGGAAAGGUUUCAAUUGGAAUUCUGAGUUGGAAGUACACCAAAGGACUCACACUGGUGAAAAACCAUUUGAGUGUCCAAAUUGUGGGAAAAGUUUCAGUCGGAAUUCUCACCUGGUGGAACACCAGAGGACUCACACAGGAGAAAAACCAUAUGAGUGUCCGGAUUGUGGGAAAUGUUUCCAGCAGAAUUCCAAGUUGGUGGUACACCAGAGGACUCACACGGGAGAGAAACCAUAUGAGUGUCCUGACUGUGGAAAAAGUUUCAAGCAGAAUUCCAAGCUGGUGAUACACCAGAGGACUCACACAGGAGAAAAACCAUAUGAGUGUCCUGAUUGUGGGAAAAGUUUUACUCAGAAUGCCAACCUGGUGAUACACCAGAGGACUCACACUGGAGAAAUACCAUAUGAGUGUCUGGAUUGUGGGAAACUUUUUAGUAGGAAUUCCAAACUGCUCAUGCACCAGAGGACUCACACGGGAGAGAAACCAUUUGAAUGUCCUGAUUGUGGAAAAGGUUUCAAUUGGAAUUCUGAUCUGGUGAUACACCAGAGGAUUCAUACAGGAGAAAAACCGUAUGAAUGUCUGGAGUGUGGGAAAACUUUCAUUCGAAAUUCCCAUCUUGUGCAACACCGCAGGACUCACACAGGAGAAAAACCAUAUAAGUGUCCAGAUUGUGGGAAAGGUUUUUAUCGGAAUUCCCACCUGGUAGUGCAUCAGAGAUCUCACACAGGGGACAAACCAUAUCAGUGUCUAGAUUGUGGGAAAAGUUUCAAUUGGAAUUCUACCCUCGUGAUACACCAGAGGACUCACACAGGAGAAAAACCUUAUGAGUGUUCUGAGUGUGGGAAAAGUUUCAUUCGAAAUUCUGACUUGGUAAUACACCAAAGGAUUCACACAGGAGAGAAACUCUAUGGCUGUCCAGAUUGUGGAAAAAGUUUCAGUCAAAAUUCUCAUCUGAUGUUACACCAGAGGUCUCACACAGGAGAGAAACCAUAUGAGUGUCUAUUUUGUGGGAAAGGUUUCAGUCAGAAUUCCUAUCUGGUUAAACACCAGAGAAUUCACACAGGUGAAAAACCAUAUGAGUGUCCUGAAUGUGGGAAAAGUUUCAUUCGGAAUUCUGGCUUGGUGAUACACUGGAGGACACACACAGGGGAGAAACCAUAUGAGUGUCCAGAUUGUGGGAAAGAUUUCAGUAUCAGGUCUAGCCUUAUAAAUCAUGUAAGGUUACACACAGGGGAGAAACCAUUCAAAUGCCCAGAUUGUGGGCAGUGUUUUACACAAAAUUCCUCUCUUACUGCGCACAAGAAAUUCCAUAUGAAGCAAAAUUUGAUGCCUGUAGAGGAAUCUUGAAUUUGGCUUCUCUUCUCUCUUUGGAAGCGCAGUUGAGAAAUUAACCAUUUAAUUUCUUGCCUUAUUCUUUUUAGUCAAAUAUGUCUUAGUAUCCAACAUUAGUGAGGAGAACUGAGCUUCCUUUCUCUGGAGUUGUGUGGUUGUUCCCUUUCACAGUGUUGAGGGGAAUUGACUUGCUGGGCCAGAGAAAAGGUGCUUAGAACUUACUAGAUACAAAUGCGACCUUGAAUUAUUUCUACAUAUAAUAAAGGGAGGAUAUGUAUGUAUGUAUGUAUGUAUGUAUGUAUGUAUAUUUAUUAAGAAAUUGUGCAUGGCAACCCAACUCAAUGUGACUCCAGACGGUUUACAGCAAUAAAACCUUAAUACACAAACCAAUAAACCCCAUAUAUAGCAAAUAGCAAAAUACAAAACCUCAAGAUUUGACAUACCCCCUCAUCAUUGCAUUCCCCACCAUCAACUGCAAUUAGAAAAGAUCUGAAUCGGCAGCAAUGC